AGAAAUACGUGUUCAAAAUAUAACAGAUUAUUAGAAACGUAAGACACUGGUCUGACUAAGAAGACUUUAAUGCCAGUCAUGAGACAAGGAAAUGAUGAAUGAGUAUAUUCGUUCAAACAUAAAUUUGACGAAGAAAAAUGGUAUGCUUAGUGUCACAAAAGGUAAGCAGCCAACAACAACAAAAGUUAGAUCAAAACUCGCAAGCAGGAAAGUUAUUUUUGAAGAUCCUUUAUGCCUGAAUGACAAAGACAUCGUUGCUGACGAGCUACUAGUUCAAAAAGAGGCUGAUUAUCUUAGUAAUAACCACAAUAUCAAUAGCGAUUUUUCAAAUAAAACCGGUGGUAAUUUAGAAAGCAUCAAUGACGAUAUUGAACUAAUUGAUUUGAAAGGAAAGGUUCAAGAUUUGUCAGUGCAGUUAGAAGAAAUAUGUAAAUAUUCACGUUCACCUUUAAAUGAAAAUGAUGUAUGUUUCUGUCAUGACCUCGUUGGUGGAAAAUGCUUAUUACCACAAAAUCGUACUUAUACUGACUCUCCACGGUUACAAACCCCGCCAAAAGUUUGGUUCUCUAAACCAGAUUGUUGUCAGUCGUGCACAGUACCAUGUUGUGUUAAAGCUGACUCGAGCUCUACAAAUUUAUUGAAUAAUCCGGAAAAGUUACGACCACUUACUGAUGAAGAAUUACUACAGGAUAAUUUAAAUGACAUCAGACAUCGUUUAUCAUUACUACAAGAUAAUUAUGCAUCAAAACAUUUACCAUCAUCUGUAUCAAAUAAAAUUGAACGUGAUAUUGAUGAACAUUUGGAAAAACUCAAUAAAGAAAAUUCAAUACAAAAGCAAUAUCAUGAUUUACCAACUAAUCGAAAAUCAACAUAUCAAACUAUCAAGGGAAAAUCAUUAACUGAUCAAAAAAAAUCAGUCGAUCAUCAGUCUUUGAAAUCGAAAACAAAACCAACAAUUACAGAGAAACAAUUUCUGUUAAAUCAACAAAAAUAUAGAAAAGUUCCAAAAGAAAAAUUAAUUCAUUCAUCUUAUAAUAAAUUACAAUUACCUAAUAAUAAAUUAAAAUGUGAAAAUAUAACAAAAUCUUUAAAUGAAAAACAAGAUAAAAACUUAAUAAAAAAUAUCAGCAAUUAUGAUAAUGGUGAUGAUGAUGAUGAUGAUCCUGAAAUAACUUUGGAUAAAUUAGAAAAAUAUUUGGAAACUUCUGAUAUGAUUAUGGAUUCAAAAUCUGAAGAUUUAAAAACAAAAAAUACUCAACAAGAAACAAAACUAAACGAAACAAAAGAAAUGGUGAAUGAACUUCGCUCAGUUUAUCGAGAAAUAAAAGACUUAUUACUAAAUGUUCGUAAUCGAUUUGAUGAAAACAACAGUAUCAAAUUAGAACAAACAGAGAAAAUUGAUCCAAAUACAAAUUCAAACGCCUUACUGUCAAACUCCCAACCUGUACUUACGCCUGGUACUUUACUUCCAAGUAUUCGACUUGCAAUGGAAUAUUCUGGUAAAACAAUUUCACCUACAGAUGAUAUAACUCAAUUAAUAUCUAAUUUACCUGAUGAUCCUCUUGUUAAAGCUUCAACUGCAUUGUAUGAACUUAAUCGACGACGUAAUAAUCUAGAGAAUAAUCUUGCUGCGUUAGAAUUUUCACAUAAUGAUCAAUCAAUUUUUGGAUUACUUGAUUUAUUAAAUAAAGAUAAGUCGUCAGCGGAGAAAGCUCGCAUACAAGCUAUGAUAAAUGAUGCAAUCGAGAAAGUUGUUCAUGAUAAAAAAUCAGAAAAAAACAACAGAUCAAUUGGCCGCAUUUCACGACUAACUCAACCGAAAUCUCAAUUAACCACCCAACCAAAACAAAUGAGGGAUACAUCAAGUUCUUGUAGUUCCCCAACGAGGUCAAGGAACGUGAUUGAUUUAUUUCAUCAACCUAAAUUAUACUCUACAGAUCGUUCUCCGUCACCAGUAACGCUUACUUCUCCAUGGCGUUUAAAUAGACGAAGAGCUAAACGACCAUUAUAUCCACGUUCAGUUAAUGAUCCCGUUAGGCCACGGACAGCUGUCCUACGGUUAAGUGAUGAAAAUCUAACUGGGAUUUCUUCUUCACAAAGACGAAUGCAAAGAUCUAAUUCAAAAGUUGUACGAUUUAGUGAUCAUCAAAAUGAUGAAACAAUUGAAUCAACUACAGAACCACAACAAUUACAAUCAAAUAAAUAUAUUAAUAUGCAAGCUAAAAUUUUCACAAAACCAAAUUCAGGUAUAAUUCCAUUAGGUAUGUAUCAAUAUUCACUUGCAAUAGGACCUAGUAGAAAAUAUAAUAAAGAAGAUAAGUGUCCACAUAUAAUAUUAUUAGUUGUCUUAUUAUCAAUUGAUUUUAUUUUUCAAUUUAUAUCAACUAUGGAAAUUUCUAUUUUAAUAUUCAUUGUACUAAUUUCUACUGAUACAUCUGGUUUACUUCAUGAAAAAGGCACUGGAUUUCAUUUUCAGUCAAAUCAAUCAACUGAACAACCUUCAAAUAAUUUCAAUGCCUUAUCUCGUACGGAGUUGGAAGAUAAUAUUUUAUCACGUCUUGUCUUACAGAUCUCUGAUCAGUUAGCUAAAAAUCAAUCGCAAAGUCAUGACACUUCAUCCAAAGAAAAUUUACAACAUUUAGUUGAAACUGCACUAUUAGAACGUAUUGGAUCGAUGCUUUCUCCAGCAUCAGUUAGCCCUAAUCCAACUAAUCAACUACUACGAACAGAACAGCAACAACUCAAAACACCGUCUUCAUCACCUGACCGGACUAGUCAUUCAGGUCUACUGGAUAUUCCUACUCCGAUGGACAGUAUAAAUAAGAGUGAAUUACCUUAUCCAGAUGAUCUUGUUCACACAAAGAGUAAAACACCAGAACCAAAAUCAAAUUGGCAACCAUACAAUCCGGAUGAAGAAAGUAUUUUUAGAAAUUCACGAUCACCACCAACUAAUCCCCAUCAUAUUUCUACACCUGAACCAUCAUUUGCAGAUAAUUUCAGUCUUCGAUCCAAAUUACGUUCUCAAUCUUCAAGUCCUAUAAAUUAA